AUGCUACCUACGGCCGACCACCACCAAAACACCCUUUCUGCUCCUCCCCUCCCUUGCAGACACGACCAAAAACCCUUGUCUGUGCACGCCAAACCCUUCACCGCUGACAUGAUUUAUCCUUCGUCGUCAUUUUCAACGGGUCCAAUGCGAAUCGAUGGAUCCGAAGAGGACUUGGCCUUAUCCAAGUCCGAGUAUCUGACCCGACCCGAAGUGCUAAAACGCCGGUCCCUCCGGGCCAAGCAACUGAGCCGGAUUUACCGGGACCAUUACUGGGCGUUAAUGGAGGAGCUCAAAAUCAAGUACAGAGAGUACUGCUGGGAGUACGGCAAAAGCCCUUUUCAAGAAGUUGGAGAGAACGAGAAAAUCAAUUCGAAUCGCGGGGAUGGAACAAGAUUAAUCCAAGAGAAUGAUAAUGGGAGUGGUAAUAAGAAUGGACAUCCAAUGGUUAAUAAUGGGAAUUAUAUUAUUAAUAGGUGUGGGGUUCAUGGUUGCAAGGCGAAGGCCAUGGCAAUGACGAGGUUUUGUCAUAUGCAUAUACUGUCUGACUCGAAGCAGAAGUUGUACAAGGCUUGCAAUUUCUCCAUUAAGAGUUCGCCUACAGGACCUAUACUUUGUGGGAAACCAAUACUAAGAUCAACAGUUCCUUCUUAUUGCCCUCUCCACUUUCAAAAGGCUGAAAAGCACGUGGCACGUGCUUUGAAGAAGGCAGGUCUUAAUGUCUCUUCGACAAGUAAGCUUGCUCCCAAGUUCCAUGUGGUAGUUGCUGAAUUUGUCCACCAAAUUCAAAGCAAGAGAAGUGCACCAAAGGCGACUUCAGGAAGUGCUGAGGUUAAGCAGGAGAAUAUUUAUUAA